UGGAAAUACCAAGAAAGUUUAAAGGUUUUCACUUGAAUUCAUACGUUAGAAUUUUUCAAGUGAACUUCACGCAAACAGUCAAUGUUUCUGGAGUAGAACUUAAGAUACUAGGAGUAGGUCAUAACGCAACCUUGAAACUGGGAAACGAAGAUUGUCUAUCAAUGGAGCAAAAUAACUAUUGUGUUCUUCUACACGAGGAAAACAGCAAUGAACGGCUCACUGCCAAUCAAAUGCAAUCAGUUCUUUCAGAUAUAAAAUACGCCUUUCUUACAAUUAAUGGCUUGAAGAAUGCAACCAGUGUUGGGGUUUCAAUGGGAACAGCCAUUCAGGGUCGACAUGGCAAAGUUGCAGGUCAUGUAGAAAAAUGUUUAUGUCCUACACCAUACGAAGACAUGUCAUGUCAAAAUUGUAGAGAAGGUUAUACACGUGAGGUGCCGAAUUCAAACGCAUUCGUUGACUGUGUCACGUGUUCUUGCAACAAUCGAUCACGUGAAUGCGAUGGUGAAUCAGGUGUAUGUAAAGGCUGCAGAUUGUCUCUGGGUGAUCAUUGUGAGAUUUGCGGCUUUGGUGUAGAUAUAUCAACAGGAUGUUCACAGUGUCUGCCGACAUAUUGGCAUCCAGAUAUUGCUAACGAAGAAAAAGCUUGUCGAACGUGCAGCUGUGUACUAAACAAUACAAUUUACCACAACAGCAGUAUAUGUAACGCAACAACAGGUCAAUGUUCAUGUAAGAGUUACGUCGGAGGAUUGCAAUGUGAACGAUGUGCAGAGAAUUAUUAUAACACAUCUCAUGGAUGCAGAGAAUGUCCAAUUUGCUAUGGAAUGAUGAAAAGCUUUUUGCAUAAUUUGCGAGAACUUAUAAUCAAAGUUGACAAAACAGCCGAGCAUCUGGAGAGAAGAUUUGAUGCAAUAAAAAACAACGAAUUCGCUGUAAGACUUUCAAAUGCCACUCUGACGGUGAAUGAAAUUUUCAGUAAGACAAAUAUCACAAAUGGAGUUGAGUUGACUCGUCUCAAUGUCACAUCAGCCAUGCUGAAUGACUUAACAAGUGAAGUGAGAAUAAUUCAAGAACAAGUUGAAAUGUUUAAGACUAGCAAAGAAAAACUUUCGUUGUCCAUAAACAUGACGAUAAGUUGGGUGAAAGACGGCUACAGAUCCCUUGAAAAUGCAAAUACUUCAAGAAAAAGGAUUAUCAAAAUAAAGGACAACAUAACAAGUUAUGUUUAUGAUUUACAGAAGGCAAGAGACAUGAUGAGUGAUCUUGUUGAGAUAAUAUCAGCGUUAUCGAAAAUCUCACCAAAGUGUCACAAUUAAACGACAUUUUUCUGGAACUUUCACGAGCAAAAACAUUUGACAUUAUCAACUUUAAGAACAUUACAGAGAACAUUUCCUCAUUAAAGAGUAUUUCUGAAGCCACUUUACAAUAUGGACGAAUUGUAUUGAAUACUUCAAGAAAUUUCUUCAAUAAAACAGAGAAGGCAUUGACAAAAUCUAUUGACAUGCUCGCCACAGUAAUGGAUUUACUCAAAUCAACUGAAAUGAACAGAAAUCUGAAUAAGAUGUUGAAUACGUCAAUCAAGAAAAUAGAAUUAGACGUUGAAGCCAUCAUCGAAAAUACAACAAUCUCUUUGCAAGACUCAAAAUCUACUCGCCAUGAAGCAGAAUUAUCUUUGAACAAAACUAUUUCAUUAUUGAAGCAAGCAAAUACGAUAAAAGAAAACGUAACAAGAGCAAAUCAUUCUGCAGCAACGACUCUACAAAGGGCUUUAGAAACUUUGGAAGUUUUACAGAACUUUCAAAAUAUUUCCCAGAAUGCUGUUGCGAUGGCGAGUAACUCCUUAAGGCAAAUCAACAAAGUGAAGAAAGAAAGUAACAAAUCAAUUCAUGAAAUAACGACCGUCAGUAAGUUAGUCAAGAAGGAUUAAAAUAUACACAAGACGGAAUUAAGUUCGCCGAAGAAGCUAAAACUUUAUCCUCACAAGAACAUCAGAAUUCAACGAGCAUCUACAACAACAGUAAAACACUUCAAGAAAAUCACCAAAAGUCGCUUUGCUCACGCCAUUCCAACAAUUCUCAUAUUAACAUCACUGCACGUGCACGCGUCUUGGAAACAUUACUUCGCACGUGUUUACGUCGUGAGGCACGUGAUGCAAACGUGAACGCAAAUAAAAGAUGGGUAAGAAGUGUUGGCAAGCAAGUUGUAACAAAUAAAAUAAAUGAUUACGUAAUGCGGGUAAAAGAAAAAAUGAAAAAUCAAAAUGAAGAACUUAAAAAGAUAAAUAAGAAAGUUUUAGAUGGAACACAUCAAACCCAAAUUGAUAAUCAUUCAGCCCUGUUUCAACAGCUGAGAAAAGAGUUAAACAAACUUACAGAAACAAAAGAAAGAAGAACUUUAAUGCUAAAUGAAAUGAAGCAAAGAAUAGGAAAAAUAAAAAAGAGAUUGCUGACUUGACAAGCUUACAGAGAUCUUUACAGGAUAUCAACAUAUGUAGUUGAUUAAGGAUGAAAAAGAUGAUCAAAGAUGUAAAAUCAUCAAUAAUUUAGUGGUAACAGAGACAUGUUAGUACUUACAGAAUGGUUAACUGUCAGUUUGAAACAAUGAAGAAAACAUACUAACUUUGCCAACAAAAAGAUGCAAGUUUAUAACAGAUUAAAUAAAAUUUACUCACAUUUCAUAAGGCAACAAUUCCUUCAUCCAAAUAAAUACACAAUUAACUUUGUUCAUCGCAGCAGCCAUUGCCACUCAAUAAACCAUUGUAGUCCUUCUCACAAAUAAGCUGUGCCAAAUUCUGAUCAAUUUCAUCAAGCUUUGGUAGAAUGACAGCAAUAUAACCUUCUGUCAAUGGCUGCAAACAAAAAUGAGUUAAAACUCACCAAUAUAACAACAACAUACAAUGUAAAUGGAUAAACAGCAAUGAAUAUAGUAAACCUUUUCUUUUAUAAGUCCAGGAAAUUUCUCCAAUGUCUGAUUUACUUCAACAAGUUUACCUUGGAUGCAACUAAUAAUCAUUACAGAAAUAUUAUAUACAUAAUGAAAUUGUUCAUAUGUUUUACUCAAACUAUUUUGUAUUUUUACAAAUCAAUUUGCAUACCAGUAUUGUUAACAGUUUAAAGUUACAAGCAAUUAUAAAAUAUACAAUCACUUUGAAAUAUUGCACACUUUCAAUGUCAUAUAAAUUUGAAUUUUUUCAAUUUUAAAAAGAGGACUGCAGAAAUGAAGAGGAUUUUUUUCUAGGAAAUCAUAUAUAAUGAUUCAAUGAAGACAUUCCAUUGUAAACUGCCUGUACUUAAUGCUAUUAUACAUAUAAAAAAUACGUUUCAUAUAA